AUGAUUCGGGAGCUUGUAAGUUUGUAUUUUGAUGAGUGCAAGACAACGAACCUGAACAAGAAGCGCCUGGAAUAUCGCAGCGAAAUAUGUUUGGAAUUCGAAUCUUACAAGUUGGACGCUUCGGCCGAACUGGCAAUCUGGGUGAAAAGCGCCAUCCAGUUCAAUGGCAUGGCUCCGGACAAAAUCUGGUCGACGGAGAAAGAUCAUGCCUAUCCCGAGCCGGGCUACAAUUUGUUCACGGUCCGUGAGCUUCUGCUGCUGUGCGAGCCAACGCCUGUGCGCUUUGAGGAGAUUUCGAUGCUUGGUGCUGCCAUCGAGGUUUCCUUUGUUUGGAAUUGUCACAUCAACAACGACAAAUGCAAGCCCGAAGUGAAGGUUCGAAGACUGGACACGCUAUUCGAGGAGUCCCAUUUCGGCUACUCCGUUGCCUCCGCUGAGUAUGUCAACGACGAUGAGAGAUACCAGAAGCAUGCGCAUGGAGUCAGAAUCUUCUUGAGAACUGUCGGUUCCGGCCAUCGCCUUUCUGUCAUCAAGCUGGUGAUGAAGGCGUCGACGGCGGGAACGCUUCUCACCGUGGCACCGCUCAUCGCCGACCUUCUCAUGCUGCAGGUGUUCGCCCUGAGCCGGAAGUACUUCGCUCGCAAGUACGAGGUCUCGCCAGACUUCAGCGAGUACAUGGACCAACUCAUGGCCAAGAAGGAAGAGCAGAGUCGGCUCCCUGGCAUGCUCGCCGAGGACGAUGCCGCGGCUUUGGAGCGGGAUCAAGAUUGGCGCCGCAGGCUUGAAGAGCACGACUGA